GAGAGACACUCCCCCGCGGGAAAGCAGUCGCCGUACGCAGGGAGGAAGAUUAGCUAGGGCUUUGGUUCACUCCGCAGCGUCGCCUUUUUUACUUCCCACCCGCUCCCAGCGUCGCCGCAGCCGCAUCCAUGGCCAAGGGCAAGUUCAAGGGCAAGCCCACCGGGCAGCGCACCUUCUCCUCCGAGGAGGAGCUCGCUGCUGGUACUUCAGCAGAACGCCCAAACACCUUUAAGAAGAAGCAAGUUGAAAAGGAGGUUUAUGAAAGAAGGGAAGAAUCAAUAGAGGAGGAUGAUGAAGAUGUUGAGAAGACUAAACACAAAGGCACUGCAGGUCUUAUCGAGAUUGACAAUCCAAACCUCGUGAAGCCAAAGAAUAUAAAAGCCAAGGACGUUGAUGUUGACAGGACAAGUGAUCUCUCCAGGCGUGAAAGAGAGGAGCUUGAAAAACAGAGAUCUCGUGCACACUAUAUGAGGCUUCAGGAGGAAGGAAAGACAGAGCAGGCCAGGAAAGACUUAGAUCGCCUUACUUUGAUCAAGCAACAGAGGGAGGAAGCUGCAAAGAAGCGUGAAGAGGAAAAAGCUGCCAAAGAAGCAAGGAAGGCUGAAGCUCGCAAGUGACCUGCCAAGCUGUGGACCAGAUAGAAAUGUAUGGGGAGAUACGAUGGCUCAACGUUGGCGUCCUGUUACUCUGAUUAUCACCUGAACUCCCUUUUACAUCGAUUAAUUUACCGUAGCAGUAUGAUCCUAUGACUGUUCAUGUGUUGUGAUCUGUUGGUCAGUAGAUGUCAAUUACUGAAUUAUGAACUUUUGGGCAGUAGAGACGUGGUAGCGGUAGCAACCUUUGCGAAAAAUAUCUUCGUGCUAUCUGUAUUUGCGCCGUAGAAUCCUGGAAACUUGAAGUCUCUGGAAGGAAUACAUCCGAAGGCUGAGUUGAA